AUGAUUGGUAAUAGACCAUCUAAAGAAAUGUACAGGGAUCGUGUUUAUUUACUUGCAUUACAUUUUAUAACAGAAAGCAAAGAAAUAAUUGGAGGUAUAAGGCUAUAUGACACAGUAGACACAGCUGCAUCUAUGAGCGAAAAGCUACUAGAAAAUAUGCCAUCAUAUAGAAGAUCAAAUCGUUGUCAAAAUAGUAUAUGUUUUAAUCCAGAACGCAAUUCAGACGGAGUUGUCAUUACAAUAUAUGGUGUUGAUGGAAAUAUUCAAUUACAACAAGAGAUGGACAAGUUUUUCCAACCAUUAACCGAAUUAUGUCUUGCUACUAAUUGCAAUUAUUUAAGAGAUGAAGUAACCGAACUAACUAACCACAUUAUAAUAGAACUCUUAUCAAUACCUAAAGGUUUCCGGGCUUCGGGUAAUUAUAGUCAUUUGGAAAAUAUUACGAAAAUAUCACAAAAUUAUGCUGGAAAAGUUAUGUUGAAACUUGGAGACAUUACCAAACAAAUUUCAAUUAAUGGUAACAUAUAUAAUUUAAGAGGAGUAAUUGCAUUUUACGGAUCAGCUAGAGAAUUAAGACAAUCAUAUGGUCAUUAUGUUGCGUACGGGUUGAGAUCAAAUGAUCAAUGGGAAAUUUAUGAUGAUUUAAAAGAACAAGUAAUGCCAAAAUCAAAAAAUGUUAAAGUGAACGUUGAGUUACUUUUUUAUACAACGUAA